UGCUCUAAGCCUUUCCCUCUCAGGCCCUGUUAGUUCAAAUACGGUUCGACGUUGCCAGCUUCCAUCUGCGCAUCUGCGCGCUCUCCGCAGUUUAGCUGAACGUGUCAACAGUAUCCUUCGACGCUUUCGAUAGCAAUAGAGUCACCCAGCGAUGGGGGACGAAACGGUGUCCAGGCUGUUCCGCGUGAGAAAGACCAUCUUCGAGAUGCUACAAGAUCGCGGGUAUCUAGUGGCUGAUCGCGAGCUCCGGUCGACCAAGGAUGAUUUCAGAGACCAAUUCGGCGACGACCCGCAACGGGAUGAUCUGACCGUCCUGAAGCAGAAGAGAGACAACCCUAGCGACGAGAUCUACGUGUUCUUCCCCGUGGAGGCGAAGGUGGGCAUCAAGACGCUGAAGGGGUACUACGAGAAGAUGAAGGGGUCGGGGCUGUCACGUGCCAUCAUGGUGGUGCAGCAGAACCUCACGCCCUUCUCCAAGAAGAUCCUCGCUGACAUGGCGCCCAAAUACAUCAUCGAGGUCUUCCAGGAGGGAGAGCUGCUAGUGAACGUGACUAAGCAUGAGUUGGUGCCGCAACACGUGGUGUUGACAGACGAGGAGAAGCACAUUCUGCUGGAGAGAUAUACGGUCAAGGAGCACCAGCUCCCUCGCAUGCAGAGGAGUGACCCAGUGGCUCGAUACUUUGGACUCAACAGAGGCCAGGUGGUGAAGGUUCUCAGAAACAGCGAGACUGCUGGUAGAUAUAUCAACUACCGGCUCGUAGUGUGACUGCACCUAUAGGACUCAUGAAUUAUAUGAAAAUAGUGUAGCUUAUGUGCAGCUGGUUAUAGUUUAAUUUCUAAUGUAUAUGUGGCUUCUUGGGGGAAAAGUGGUCAUUCUGGUUGCGACAUGUUUCCUGUUUUCUCACGCUCUUGGAUUGAGAUUUUAUGUUGAAGUU